GAAUAACAAAGCAAAAGCCAUACUUCUAUUAUCCUCCAAAAUCAAUUCAGGCCCCAAUCGGGUUUUUGCUCCACAAUUCAUCGAAAGUGAAAUGGCCAAGAGCUCAUUCAAGCAAGAGCAUGAUCUUGAGAAGAGGCGUGCCGAGGCUGCUAGAAUUAGAGAGAAAUACCCUGAUAGAAUUCCAGUGAUCGUAGAGAAGGCAGAAAGAAGUGAUGUUCCCAAUAUUGAUAAGAAAAAGUACCUUGUUCCAGCUGACUUGACAGUAGGUCAAUUCGUGUAUGUGAUUCGUAAAAGGAUUAAGUUGAGUGCAGAGAAGGCAAUAUUUAUAUUCGUUGAUAACGCGUUACCGCCAACAGGUGCAAUCAUGUCUGCAAUAUACGAAGAAAAGAAAGACGAAGAUGGUUUUCUUUACGUUACUUACAGUGGAGAGAACACAUUCGGGAACCAGUAGCCUUGUUUGUACCGCCAUUGUUGGCUUCUAUUUGCCAAUCAUAACUACUUCUGCUUUCGUUAACAAGUUACCAAGAAGAUGAUACAAACGUUUGUAUAUAAUCUACAAGACAUCAUUUUGUUAAUAAUCCAUCAGCCUUUUGAUUUUA